UUUGCGCAUCUGCGCAAGCUUCCUCGAGCUGUGUUAGCUGUGUGUGCUACGAAAAAUCUUCUAACUGACGGCAUGCUGUUACAAAUACAUAUUACAAUUAUUUAAUUAGUAAAAACAGUUCACAAAUCUACCGGACGAUAAAGGCACGCCAACUUCGAAAGUUAAUCAUGGACUCAGAAUCCAGACGAAAAGGACCUAGAAGCCCAAGCCCAGAAUCAGAUGAGUCUCAUAGAAGGAGAUCAAGAAAAUAUGAACGAUCACCUUCACCGAGAAGAUCAAGAUAUCGUAGAUCUAGGUCUAGGGAUAGACGAUCUUGUUCUAGUUCUCGAGAUAGAAGACGCAAAGAAACUAGCCGUAACCAAGACUGGAAACAACCAGCUCCCCAAGCUGCACCUCAAGGACCUCCCCCAGCUGCUCCUGGAAAUUAUCAGACAUCAGUUCACAACCAAUACCAGGCUCCACCACCUCCAAAUACUGGACAGCCGCCACCAACAAUGCCUCCAUACAACCCAGGAUACAACUAUAACUACAACUACAACCAAAACUAUGAUUAUAGCUAUCAACAGCCAGCUAGUUAUCGCAGUGAUUAUCCACCCCCUGGAUGGCAAGGUACUCAAGUCCCAUACAACAGCCAACAACCCCCUCCACCGCCGAAUUUAGCUACACAAUCGGAUUCAACCAGAUCUGUUGAAACUGGACCUCCUGGACUAUCAUCGGUUAUUCCAAGACCAGAGGACGCUAAAAAAGAAGCAGCAAUUGCAGCAGAAGUAAAACAACAAAAAGCUACAUUGGGGAAACAGCGAGAGGAAUAUAUUAAGAAGUCUACCACACUCCAACGUGAAUUAGAAAUUUUGCGUCAACAGUGCGACGAAAUAAGCAAAGAUGGCGACCGAGACAACAAUCGAAUUUUGAAAGAGAACCAAAAGCUUCAGAUUGAAAUUCAAAACAAAAUGAAGUCCAUACACAACGUGAUUGACAUGUUAACUGGGAUUAUUGGUGACAAAGCAACUGUGGAUGAUCUCAAGAUAAAAUUCAAAGUGGAAGCUACUAGCAAACAUUCAAGAAGUCCUAAAGAUGACUUCCCCAAAGGGAAAUCUGAAUCCCCAGAUAGAGCGUCCAUCUCAGACUCAGAUAAAGAAUCAAAGGUUGACAGAGAUAGGGAAAGAGACAAAAAAACUCCUGAAGACAUGAAACCUAUGUACAAUUUCGUACAUUAUGAUCCGGAAAUGCAUUGGUGUAAAGUGUGCGACAUCUUUCCUAAAACUGCUAAGGAGUAUUUAAAUCAUCUUCAUAGCAAUGAACACAAAGAAACUUGCUUGGAACGCAAAAUAGUUGACAUGCCUUGGCAUAAGGCUAACGGCGAGGGAACUGAAAAAGAAGUGCCAUAUUACCCCGGACUUCCAACAAAAAGAACACCGAUUAAAGGGCUGCAGUUUUUCAUCUCUUCCACCGCGUGGUAUUGCAAGCUCUGUGACUCGUGGAUCGGAGAUCUACAUUGCGCCAGUCUGCACUUGAAAUCAAAAAGGCACUCAGAGAAUUUCUCGCGUUUCGUGGAACAGAACCCGCACUGGGAAACUGAUUGGAUGGCAGAUCGUGAAAAAGCUUUUUCAGAGGAGAAACAUAAGCAGAUGCAAAUCGAGAUACUUAAGCAAAAAGAAGACGAACCUGUAACUAAAUCGAAAAAGUCCAAGAAGAAUAAGAAGAAGAGCAAAAAGUCAAAAAAACGCCGUAACAAAAGCAGUGGAACCGAUACUACCACGGAUUCAGACGACUCGUUUUCAGACUCUGAUCAGGAUAAAUCCAAGAGUAUCAGAGUUGCAAUGAGAAAUAAAAUGAAAGCUGCUACGCAAGCGAUUUUGAAUGAAGAGAUUGAUUAUCAUGGAAUCAAGUUGAAAGGUUCCUGGGCUCAAGUCGCCCAACAAAUAAAGCAGGGAACACCUGAGGUACAACAGGAAGCAGAUGAUAGGCAGUUGCUGAACUCAAUUCGAGAUAAAUUGAAAGCGAAACAAGAGGAAGAGAUCAAAUCCAUCGGAAGGGACGGCAUUCGACAUCAAAGCCAAGAAAAGUUAUCCUAUGAGGAGAUCCACAGCCAAAAUCCUCCAUUCCCAAAGAAAGAAGAAGAGGAUCUGGAAGCCUGGGGACCCAAAGAGCCGCCAAAAUCAUUUUGGAUAAAGAAAGAAGAGGAAAAACCUCAAUCCGCUCCUAGUAAAACAGUUGAUGUACCCAAACCUGAAGAAAUGCCUAAGCCGCACAUGGGCUUCUGGACGAAGCAACAGGUUAACAUGGCCGUCAAACCACAAGAAAAUAAAGUACCAGAGAUUAAAGAAGAGGAUAGAGAUCGUGAGAGGGACAGAGAUAGAUACAAGGAUGACCGCGAUCGCAAAUAUGAUAGACGAGAGGAUAAGUACGAACGUUAUGACAGAUACGACAGAAACGAGAGAAGCGACAGAAGACGAGGUAGAGAUAGAGAAUACUAUGAUGAUCGUAGAAAACGAGACGGUUCACCCAGAAGAGAUAGGAAUUGGCGGGAUAGUCCCAAACGUAAUUACGACAGAUACGAGAAAGAUAGAAGAGAGGACAAUUCUUCUAAUGACGAAUCCAAGUUUGAAAAAAAGACAAAUGAGUUUGCAUCUAAAUUCAAAAAGGUCGGCCCUCAGCCAAAAAAGCCAGCACUACCAGUGGCUAAAGGAAAAUUACCGUUCAUUGGAAGAUUACCACUGUUCAAAAAGAAAACUGAAGAACCUAAAAUGCCAGAGAAAGAUAUAGCACCAUUGCCUUAUCAACAGAGCAAGUUUGAAGACACUCCAAGGGUUCCCAGUGAUAUAAUAAAGCCACCAGGCGUAGUCCAUAUUACUAAACUAGCAACUCCGACUAAUAUCAAUAAUGGGAAUUCCAGCCAGCUGAAUAAAUUGCAACAAAUGAAGAUUUUGGUCGCACCACCACCUCCAAUGUUACACGAAAGUAAAGCUUUGACACCACAAGUUGUUGACAUGGAAAUCGAAGACCAGUCUGAAGGAGUAAUCAUUGAACAACCCAUAAUGGAAGACCAGAAAGAGAUUACCAACUUACCUACCCUACCACCACCCACGAGUCAGCCUCCUCCACCCAUAAACCGACCCCCGUUUAUUUCCAGCCCUCAUGUCACAAGCAGACCACCAUUUACUUCUACUAGACCAGCAUUCCUAUCAACACGACCACCGUUUGUCACGCAUCCUCCUAUAACCAAGCCCCCAGUACAAAAUCUCACUCCAUUUAUUCCAAUGCAACCACCUCCGAUACAAAGCAGUACUUCUUUUGUCCAGAGUCAUACAAAUCCACCGCCUCCUUUGCCAUCAGUAGAAUCAGUAACGCAUGAUAUAUUGGACAUACCCGAACCUGCAGAAAAACGCGCUGAUCCAUCAAUACCUCUCCCUGAUGAUUUACAAGAAGCAUUGAAUAUAAUUUUCCCUAAAGAGGAGAAAGCUGUAAAACAACAUCAACCACCCGACAGUGUCAUGUAUGCAACAAUGUAUAGCAUGCUAGGUUGCAUUGGCUAUGGACCUGAGUACAUGGACCAUCCACCACCAGAAAUUACGCAAGCUGACCCUGAACCUGAUUCACAGCCAGGGCCUGAUGACUUGAAAAUGUUGGGGAUUGAUGAGGGUGAUACGAUAUUUUGAAUGGACGACCAAGUGGGUAAUAUGACAGUGAUAGUUUAUAAAUUCCUUCAUACGAAAGAAAAAUAUCACUACCAGCCUCUUUAAACAGUGAAUAAAAUAUACAUACGUGA